CCAUGUUUGGGCAGAAGAGCAAGCCCAUGGUUUUUGGGCCCCAAUCACGAGUAACUGCCACAGAAAAGAAAAAACCGCCAUCUAGGGUUUAAACUAACUAAACCCUGCAAAUCCUCACAGCAAAACUUCCGAAUCUGACCCUUCGAUGGAGCACUCGAACAAGAAGAAGAAGAAGAAAGGCAGCCAAAACCCUGAGGCCAAGUUCCAAUUCGAGCUCAACACAUGUUCCAAGGCGAAGGACCUCCGUGGCGCCAUAUCCCUCUAUGACGACGCCGUUUCGAACAACACCCGCCUCAACCAGCAUCACUUCAACGCCCUCCUCUACCUCUGCUCCAACUCCGUCGCCGACCCCUCCCUCAAAUCCACCGCCCUCGAUUACGGCUUCCGCGCCUUCUGCCACAUGUCCGCCCUCGCCGUCCUCCCCAACGAGGCCACCGUCACCGCCGUCGCGCGCCUCGCCGCGGCGAAAGGCGACGCCGGUUACGCCUUCGACUUGGUGAAGAGCAUGGGCAAGAACUACAACAACGCUUUGCCGAGGCUGCGAACCUACGAUCCUGCUCUGUUCUGUUUCUGUGAAAUGCUUGACGCGGAUAAGGCCUACGAGGUGGAGGAGCAUAUGAGUGGGGUUGGAGUGAGCCUGGAGGAGGCGGAAGUCGCGGCGCUUUUGAAGGUGAGUGCGCGGUGUGGUAGAGCGGAUAAGGUGUAUGAGUAUUUGCAUAAGCUUAGAAGCUCUGUGAGGUGUGUUAGUGAGUCCUCUGCGGUGGUUAUUGAGGAGUGGUUUCGUGGCAGCAAGUCCUCUGAGGUUGGCGAGGUGGAAUUCGAGGCCGGGCAAGUUAAAGAGGGAGUUUUGAGGAACGGGGGAGGGUGGCAUGGUCAGGGAUGGGUUGGGAAAGGGGAUUGGGUUGUGAGCAGAACGAGUGUUGGUGCUGAUGGACAUUGUUGUUGUUGCGGGGAGCAAUUGGUUUGUGUUGAUAUUGAUGACGCGGAGAGGGAGAAGUUUGCAGGGUCUGUUGCUGCCUUGGCCUUUGAACGAGAGGUCAAGGCCAAUUUUAGUGAAUUUCAGGCCUGGCUUGAAAAGCAUGCCUCUUAUGAAGCUAUAGUGGAUGGAGCAAAUAUUGGGCUCUACCAACAAAAUUUUGCAGAUGGCGGAUUUAGCAUUUCUCAGCUUGAUGAUGUUGUGAAAGAACUGUACAAUCGGAGUGGGAAGAAAUGGCCGCUUGUUGUGCUGCACAACAAGCGUCUAAGAGGGCUGAUGGAAAAUCCUUCUAGCAGAAGACUGGUGGAGGAGUGGAUGAAUAAUGGUGCACUGUAUACAACUCCAAAUGGAUCCAAUGAUGAUUGGUAUUGGCUCUUUGCUGCAGUAAAACUUAGGUGCUUGCUUGUGACAAAUGAUGAAAUGCGAGAUCACAUAUUUGAACUGAUAGGAAGCAACUUUUUUAACCAGUGGAAAGAAAGACAUCAGGUUCACUACACUUUUGUGAAAGGAAACCUAAAACUUCAGAUGCCACCAUCAUAUUCAUUGGUCAUCCAGGAAUCGGAAAAAGGUUAUUGGCAUGUACCCCUAGCACCAGGCACUAGCUGUGAGUCUACGAGAUGUUGGCUCUGCAUUACCCGGCCAUGUGGUCAUGAUGUUGUUGCUACUGUUUCUAAUGGUGUUAGUAGCUUGGAUUCCCAAGUCGAUGAAAACAAUGCCACUUCUGUCACUGGUAAAAGAAAAGAGAGGUCUCCUCCUUCAUGAUAAAUUUUUCCAUGGGCUUGCCCUUUGUUUGGCUUGUCCUUUGAUUGCUUUGGGGUUACUGGUGGCAAGAUAAACGGCAGCAACCUUGCGGUUAUUAAGCUUCUACAAAUGAUUGUAAGCUAAUUAAAAGGGUACAUUUUUAACCACUCCCAACAGACCCACAGUAAGUUAUACUGUUUAAUCUCAUUGUUGUAAUUAUGUCAGAGGUUGUGUGGGGGGUUUCAGUCAUGGUUCCAAAGCGGGUAGUGGUUAUAGUGGCCGAUACUUAACCUUCCGAUGGACUCUAUCCAAUGAAUGAAUAAUCUUCAACUAGUCCAAUUAUAAAGUUUGUUAUUUUGUUCAA